UAGUGCUACUAGAAGUCGAGAAAUUAUUCCGACUGCAACGCAAAUUCAAUCUACGGAUUUAAUCUAGAUUCAUAUUACUGUAUUAGCAUCACCAAGGCAUGAGGAUAUAAUUCAUUUAUUCAUCAAUCUCAUUCUCAUACUUUACAAACUCUUAUAACCAAUUACAGUUUCACCUAUCAAUGCUAUGAAGUAGAUACAUGAAUAUGCUAGACAUAUAUGUAAGCAUACAAUCAUCAUUAUUUUUUUCCACUCCCUAAUGUCUCCUACACUAUACACGCAUAAUCUCCACUUCUCCACUCCACCAACUAUCUCCACCACCUUUUGCUUUCUUCCACUACAUUUUUUCUCACCACCCUUUCCACUCCACUAAUUCCACUACACCAAACUUUCCACCUACUCCCUUCCCCACCACACGCAAGAAUGCAUCUAACAUUCCAUUAUACAGGCAACAAUCUUUUCAUCAUCUUCAUUCUUCACUAAGGAACCGAAGAGCAGCCACGAGUUCUGCCAUAAGCACACUGCUCCGGCAGUGUUUUGCAAGGCGAUUCCAGCCAUCCAAAAGGUUCCCAAAAAUUCCCAAAUUAAUUGUGUAUCAUCUUUCAUAUGUUUUCUAUACUUUGGCAAAAUUUCAGAAGGUUUGAAGCUCUUAUGAUUUAUUUAUGAAUUUGUAAACAUCACUGCCCAUCUGGAAUACAUUUUUGGUAAACAAUCUUUGGGAGGCCAUAAGUAAAGUUUCAAUCGGUGAAAACCUUUGAAACUUGAAUAUGUCACUCUAGACUCCCGUAUCUUUCUUUUGACAUCGGCCUCACCAUUUUUGAAUAAGGGAAACAACCGGUAUAAAUUCUUGAAAUCUAGUUCUUAUUCCAUGUACCAUCCAGUAGAUUUUACAAACCUACGACUUUGAGGUGGCAAAGCCCGACUUAAAUCUUUGAUUCUCAAGCCUAGCUUUCUACUGAAUAUUCAAUGACAUGUUGGGAACUUACUUGCUUAGUUUUAGAAUUUUUGGUGAAGCCUAAAGUUGGUUUUCUGAUUUAUGUUAUGAAUCUGCCAAACUUGAACACUUUUUGUGCACUGAACUUUAGACAGUCAUAUCUUCUAAACCAUGAAUGUUCUUAGAGUAAAUCCAACUGGAGAGUGUUAUGAUCUCUCCCUAGUUUCCAGAUUGACCCUUGGGGUUCCCAGUGGAGUUUUGUAAAGGGAGAUAUGAAUUUUUAAAGAAAGCCCACUGACUUGGUUGUAAUCUGGAAAUCUGAAAUUUUCAGAUUUUUGCUUGUUAAAUACCCAUCUUUGAGAGGGCAUAUCUUGCUCGUUUGAAUUGUUUUUCAUUCGAUUCAAAUUGGAGAAUGAUCCUUGAAAUGUCUAGUUUCCAGAAUGUCUUUUGGAGCAUCAUUUGGAGAUCCGAGGCAGAUUUGGUGUCUGUUGCAAAACAACCCCUUAAGAGCUCAAGUUGUUGAAUUAUUUUCUAUGUAUCAAAGUUUAUUUUAAAGGAUGUUUCAUGAAAGAUUUCGUAUAUGUGCGUAACAAGUUUGGGACUAUUUAUUUUAAAUGAGGUCCGUUCUUUAUUUAAAUUAUGAUGGACUUUUAAUGAAUAUUUUUGGGAUUAAACUCUUAUUUCUUGAUUUAUAUAAAUUAUUUUUUUUAAGGACUUAUAAAUAUGAAUUUCGUAGGCCUACUGACCUACUGUGAUCGACGGUUUGUCGAUGUCUAAUAGCUUUGAAAAUUUUAUAGCAAGUCCCGACAUGAGUCUUGAGUACCCUGGUAAAAUUUCAAGCCAUUCCAACUUCGUUUGAUACUUCUUUAAAAUGCAAAACCUAAACUGCACAUUACUACCGAGAAUUUCAGAGAACAGAUGAAAGAGUCAUUUAUUUCAGUAGCUUCCUGUGUGAUCUAGCUUUCCAAAUUUUUAUGGUAUUCACCUUAUUGUGUUAGCUAGAUAUCCACCAAAGUUGAGCCCAGUUUGACAACGUUUACUAUUUUUAAAAAAAUCCAAGUUUUCGAUUGUUCAAAACUGCCGAACAUGGUAGAUCGUGGUAAAAACGUCAUAUCUCUCAAACCACUUGGAGUUUUCGACUCUAUUUUUUUUUUAUAUGAAACUAGAUUCGAAGAUCUUUCUUUCAGUAUGAGUCUCGAGUCCAGGAGAUGUCGGAGUCAGAACAGAUUAAAUUUUGAAGUUGAGUCAGUGUAAAAACAGAGCAUGUUUUAAUGAUGUUUUUGGACUUCGGACUUUAAAGCGAACUAUUAUCAUUUAUUUCUUUAAAGCCACUGGUUUAUUUAAUUAAUUGGCUACUCUCUUUUGAGCCUAUUAAUUAUUUGAGGUUACGCUAGUAAUGAUGUAACGAAUUAUGGAUGCUAGAACCCUAAAACACUAAAAGAUACCCUAGGCACGUAGAAUUAGACUUUGUCUUAUGACAAUUACUUCACGAACUUAUCGACUCUUCAUCAAUGAAGGUCCGGGCGACAGAAAGUGAAGCCGAAGAAGAAACGACUCCACGCCAGCUUUAAGAACAAUUGAGAAUGCCGCCUAAGAGAGGACGCCCUGUGAGAAACAAUAACAAUCGCAGAAACCGUAACGCUGUACCCGAAGAACCACAAGAUGCUCGAGGACAUAACCCAUCCCCUCCGCCUCCGACUAGGAGAGUCGAAGAACUCUUUUUAAGGCAAAAUCCACCUACGUUUGACGGAACGAGUGAACCGGCUGAAGCUGAGAUUUGGGUGCGUGCAAUGGAACGCAUUUUCAACUUUCUACGUUGUACUGAUGAGGAGCGCCUAUCUUGCGUCUCUUUCCAACUAACAGGAUCAGCUGACUUCUGGUGGGAAGCACGUCGAAAAAUUCUGACACCUGAACAAUGGGCAAGUUAUACUUGGGAAGAUUUUAAGACGGGAUUAUAUGAUAAAUAUAUUCCGAAAAGCUAUAGGAAGAAGAAAGAAGCUGAGUUCUACGAGUUGAAGCAAGGAAAUAAAUCUGUGGUUGAAUACGACAAGGAAUUCUGCAACCUGUCUAGGUUUGCUCCGCAACAAGUGGACACAGAUGAGAAGAUGGCAGAGAAAUUUUGUGCCGGUCUACGGUACGAAAUUAAGAUGGCUCUAGCAAGCCACGGAGGACUCUCAUACACGGAGUCUCUGAACAGGGCACUUGACGUUGAAGCUGCAAUGCCGUCGGACAAGUCAGCCCCAUUGUUGAUCUCAACGCCAAAUGAUCCACCAGUAGCCUCACAUACUCUCAAAGGGAAGCGCAAGUGGGACAACAACGAAGACAAUAUCAAUCAGACUAGUAAGAAAGUGUGGCAAGAAUAUGAACGGGCCGAACAGUUUAUUCAACCAAGGCACGAGGCACAGACUAACCUCGAGCGAACUGGGGGUAACCAAGGUCAGAAAGGAGUUUUACCUUGCCCAAAUUGUGGUAAGAUGCAUAGGGGUAUUUGUCGGGCUGGAACUAACGGUUGUUACAAUUGUGGCCAAAAAGGUCACUACUCCACGCAAUGCCCCAAUAGACAACGAGGUUCAGCAGUUGGGAACACCCGCACCCCCUUGCCAGCAAUACGUGGACACUUGCGAAAUCAGCCUCAAUCACAUCAGUGAAAAUCUUAUGGAGACACCGCAGACAAGAAAAGCUACGUGGGAGCUUGAAAACAAGAUGAAGGAAAAAUACCCCGAAUUGUUUUAGCAGAGAUAUGCAAAUUUCGGGACGAAAUUUUUGUUAAGAGGGGUAGUAUGUAGUAGCCCGCUCUUUUAUUUAUGAUAAAAACUAGUAAAUGCAAUUUUUUAUAAAUGAAUCCAGUUUAUGGUUCUGAUUUUUUUAUCAGAGGCAGAGUUAUUAUUUUAGCGUUAUAUUUUUAUAACGUAUGAAAAAAAAAAAAAAACGCGACGAGGAUUAUUGAGCAAUCAAUAAUUAUUAUUUCCAAGUUAUAACUGACUUAGCAAAGUCAUGUUAUUUAUUAAUCGAGAAACAGAAGCAGUUAUAUUUUAUUAGUGCUACUAGAAGUCGAGAAAUUAUUCCGACUGCAACGCAAAUUCAAUCUACGGAUUUAAUCUAGAUUCAUAUUACUGUAUUAGCAUCACCAAGGCAUGAGGAUAUAAUUCAUUUAUUCAUCAAUCUCAUUCUCAUACUUUACAAACUCUUAUAACCAAUUACAGUUUCACCUAUCAAUGCUAUGAAGUAGAUACAUGAAUAUGCUAGACAUAUAUGUAAGCAUACAAUCAUCAUUAUUUUUUUCCACUCCCUAAUGUCUCCUACACUAUACACGCAUAAUCUCCACUUCUCCACUCCACCAACUAUCUCCACCACCUUUUGCUUUCUUCCACUACAUUUUUUCUCACCACCCUUUCCACUCCACUAAUUCCACUACACCAAACUUUCCACCUACUCCCUUCCCCACCACACGCAAGAAUGCAUCUAACAUUCCAUUAUACAGGCAACAAUCUUUUCAUCAUCUUCAUUCUUCACUAAGGAACCGAAGAGCAGCCACGAGUUCUGCCAUAAGCACACUGCUCCGGCAGUGUUUUGCAAGGCGAUUCCAGCCAUCCAAAAGGUCCGGGCGACAGAAAGUGAAGCCGAAGAAGAAACGACUCCACGCCAGCUUUAAGAACAAUUGAGGUUGAGCUGUGAUGGGCGAUGAAGUGUUGUUGCUGAGUGGAGUUUUUGUUGAACUUAAAGUAGGCUCAGAAAGGAUACAUGUCUUCAUACAUGUAUCUCAGUUAUGUAUUCCGCUGUAAACACUGAUUAUUUCAGUUACGCCUUCCGUUGCAAACUCUGAUAAUAUUUUAGCCAAGCCCCUAACGAUGCCUUUUUCCUUUUAAGGAAUAUUUCAUGCGUA